AUGCACUUCAGUUGUACAUGUGAUCUUGUGUUCAGAUCACUUAUUUCUUUAUUAAUAAUGUGGAAACGCUUACAGAGGUCGUGUAUUCACACGUCAGCGGUGUGUCUGAAGAAGACUCCUCUGCAUCUGAAGGGCAAGAGUGCUGCUGAUAAGAGGUGGUUGGUUCGGCAGCUCAGUGACCCGUUCGUUAAAGCUGCUCACGAGCAGAAUUACCGCUGUCGAAGCGCCUUCAAGCUGAUUGAGAUCGACGACAAAUUCCGACUUCUCAAACCGGGUUUCACAGUCAUUGACUGCGGUGCUGCGCCCGGUGCGUGGAGUCAAGUUGCAGUGCAGAGAGUCAACUCAGCUGGAGAGAGUGUGGAUCUUCCCAAAGGCAGCGUAAUAGGAAUAGAUAUAUUACACAUUUUCCCGCUGGACGGAGCUCAGUUUCUGCCCAAUCAUGACAUAACAUCUUCUUUGACUCACACGGCGCUGGAGAGGCUCCUGCCUGAAGCUGGAGCAGACGUCAUCCUCAGUGACAUGGCCCCCAAUGCCAGCGGCUUCCGGGAGCUGGAUCACGAAAGACUGGUCUCCAUGUGUCUGUCAGUGCUGGACUUAGCUGACAAGGUUUUGCGGCCUGGAGGCUCUUUAAUUUGUAAAUACUGGGAUGGAGGUCUGGCUAAUAAGCUCCAGCAGAGACUUACCUCUGCGUUUCAAGAUGUAAGAACUGUGAAACCCAGAGCAAGCAGGAAGGAGUCAGCAGAGCUGUUCUUUUUGGCCCGUAUGUUCAAAAAAAGAUAGAACUAUUUUUUUAGGCAUUUUUUAAAAUAUGAAAUAUGAAUAAAUAAUUGUAUAAUAAAGGGAUGGUCAGGUAGCUA